AUGAGUACUUUAUUCAUUGGAAAUGACGAAAGGCAAGCUGGUGAUGGCGAUGCGAUAAGUGCUUUGGCCAGAACUGCACCCGAUCUGCACCAAUCAAACGAAGCAGAGCAGGAGAAGUCAGAUGCGAUGUUUGAUGAAGAGAAAAAUGCUGCGAGCAUACAGCCUGGAGAUUCCAAGCGAAAUCACGAAACCACAACAGCUGAUGCUCCGUAUUGCAUACUGCCCGAGCGCCAAAAGAUCUUUCAAGGAAUUGCUCCAUCCUUUAUUGCAAACUUCUCCGAUAUCCAUGGUCGCCGCCCAGCAUAUGUGAUUGCCUUUGUGAUAUAUCUGGCGGCCAACAUUGGCUUGUCAUUACAGAACAACUAUGCAGCUCUCAUGGUCCUUCGAUGUCUGCAAAGCUCUGGCAGUAGCUGCACCAUUGCACUAGGGAGCGCAGUGGUUGCGGAUUUGUCUACCCGUGCAGAAAGAGGAAAAUACAUUGGCUACGCGACCAUGGGUGUUACACUCGGACCGGCUUUGGGUCCUGUUAUUGGAGGUUUGAUAGAUUAUUUCCUGGGUUGGCGGUGGAUAUUCCGCUUCUUGAUUAUACUCGCCGGUGUGUACGCUGCUCUUAUCAUAAUGUUACUUCCAGAGACAUGCCGUGUUGUCGUGGGUAACGGAUCUGUGCCGAGUGCGAGAUGGAAUCGUUCUGGGUGGCAGGUUCUGAGUAGCGGAUUCCGGCACGGAAGAAAAAUAUCGGAGCCAAACUAUAACACUAUGCAAAAAGGCAAACUUCGGCCUAAUGUUUUUGCGUCUGCAGUGAUUGCCACCAAGAAGGAACCUGCUAUCAUUCUCGCUUAUGGAGCAUUGCUUUAUUGUGGGUAUAUAGCUGUUCUAAGCACGUUGACGUCGCAACUCAAGACACAGUAUGCAUUUAAUUCCAUCCAGAUUGGGUUGUGUUAUCUUCCCCUCGGUUGUGGUAGCCUUACGUCUCGAUGGUCAGUAGGAUUCCUCCUUGACUGGAAUUUCAAGCGGGAAGCUGCACGACAGGGGAUGCCCAUAAUCAAGAAUCGACAACAGAAUAUUGAGAAGUUUAAUGUCGAGGUAGCUCGACUCGCAAUCACAAUACCUUUUUUGUAUGGAGGUGCGCUGUGUUUGAUCGCCUAUGGCUGGAUAAUGCAGUUCAAGACUUCUCUUGCAGGAUCAAUGAUUAUAUUGUUUUUUUUGGCGCAUUUGACCACAGGGGCUUUCAGCGGGUUGAAUACGCUGGUCAUCGACACGAAUCGCGAAAGUCCAGCAACUGCCGUAGCUGCAAUUAAUCUCUGGCGUUGUUUGACGGGUGCUGGUGCUGUUGCAGCAGCAGGUCCGCUGAUCGAGCGAAUUGGAAUUGGUUGGACAGCUACUUUUAUUGCGUUCUUAUGGCUGACGUUUAGUCCGUUGGUGUGGGCUGUUUAUAAAUGGGGAUAUGUUUGGCGAGAGGACUUGCGGAAGAAACGUGGGAGCACGGUCUGA